GAAAAAGCGGUAUGUGAGUUCGGUUGAGCUGUCUGUUGGUGGGGGUGUAUCAUUGGUGCAAAAGGAGGACGAAAUAAGGGAAUAUUGGCUGAAAUUCUCCGCACUUGGAAUACAGUUUUGUCCAGCUGGAUAUCGGUUUAUUCGCCUUAAAAGUUGCACACGUUUUAUUACCAAGUGCAUCUGGUGGCCUGUCCUGUCCUGACGAGCAGUGAUGGCACAGCGGAGUGGCCAGGAGGACCCAGAGCGGUACCUCUUUGUGGACCGGGCUGUGGUCUACAACCCCGCCACACAGGCCGACUGGACGGCCAAGAAGCUGGUGUGGGUGCCGUCGGAGCGGCACGGUUUCGAGGCGGCCGGCAUACGCGAGGAGAAGGGCGACGAGGUGGUGGUGGAGCUGGCAGAGAACGGCAAGAAGGCGAUGGUCAACAAGGACGACAUCCAGAAGAUGAACCCGCCCAAGUUCAGCAAGGUGGAGGACAUGGCGGAGCUCACCUGCCUCAACGAGGCCUCCGUGCUAAACAACCUGAAGGAGCGCUACUACUCCGGCCUCAUCUACACAUAUUCGGGACUUUUUUGUGUCGUCAUAAACCCCUACAAAAACCUCCCCAUAUACUCCGAGAACAUCAUCGAGAUGUACCGGGGCAAAAAGAGGCACGAAAUGCCCCCACACAUCUAUGCCAUCUCAGAGUCAGCCUACAGAUGUAUGCUCCAAGAUCGUGAGGACCAGUCAAUUCUUUGCACAGGUGAAUCAGGUGCAGGCAAGACAGAAAACACCAAAAAGGUCAUCCAGUACCUGGCGUACGUCGCCUCCUCUCACAAAGGAAGGAAAGAUCACGUUCCACCAGAGUCGCCAAAAGCAGUGAAACUACAGAGUGGAUCCCUGUUUUAUGGCGAGCUGGAGCGGCAGCUCCUACAGGCCAACCCCAUCCUGGAGUCCUUCGGCAACGCCAAGACCGUCAAAAAUGAUAACUCGUCACGUUUUGGAAAGUUCAUCCGGAUCAACUUUGAUGUCACUGGGUACAUUGUUGGGGCCAAUAUUGAGACGUACCUUCUAGAAAAAUCCAGAGCUAUCCGCCAAGCCAAAGACGAGCGCACCUUCCACAUCUUCUACCAGCUGCUGUCCGGCGCCGGGGAGCACCUCAAAUCCGAUCUGCUCCUGGACGGCUUCAACGCGUACCGAUUCAUCUGCAAUGGCAACCUCACCAUCCCCGGCCAACAGGACAAGGACAACUUCCAGGAGACCAUGGAGGCCAUGCGCAUCAUGAGCUUCACUCACGAGGAGAUCGUGUCCAUGCUGAAGGUGGUGUCUUCUGUCCUGCAGUUUGGCAACAUCACCUUCAAGAAGGAGAGAAACACAGACCAGGCAUCCAUGCCUGAGAACACAGCUGCUCAAAAGCUCUGUCACCUGCUUGGCCUGAAUGUGAUGGAGUUUACCCGCGCCAUCUUGUCCCCCAGGAUUAAAGUGGGCAGGGACUAUGUUCAGAAGGCUCAGACGAAAGAACAGGCGGACUUUGCAGUGGAGGCCCUUGCCAAAGCCACAUAUGAGAGGUUGUUCCGCUGGCUCGUGCACCGCAUCAACAAAGCCCUCGACAGGACAAAGCGCCAGGGAGCCUCUUUCAUCGGCAUCCUGGACAUUGCCGGCUUUGAGAUUUUUCAGUUGAACUCCUUCGAGCAGCUCUGCAUCAACUACACCAACGAGAAGCUGCAGCAGCUGUUCAACCACACCAUGUUCAUCCUGGAGCAGGAGGAGUACCAGAGGGAGGGCAUCGAGUGGAGCUUCAUCGAUUUCGGCCUGGACCUGCAACCCUGCAUCGAUCUCAUUGAAAGGCCUGCAAACCCCCCUGGUGUACUGGCCCUGCUGGACGAGGAGUGUUGGUUCCCCAAAGCCACAGACAAGACGUUUGUGGACAAGCUGAUGCAGGAGCAGGGCACCCACACCAAGUUCCAGAAGCCCAAACAGCUCAAGGACAAGGCAGACUUCUCCAUCAUCCACUACGCAGGCCGGGUGGACUAUAAGGCUGACGAGUGGCUGAUGAAGAACAUGGACCCUCUGAAUGACAACGUGGCCACGCUGCUGCACCAGUCCACUGACAAGUUUGUGGCUGAGCUGUGGAAAGAUGAGAUUCAGAAUAUACAAAGAGCGUCAUUCUAUGAUGUCUCUAGCCUUCAUGAGUCUCCAGUGGACCGUAUCGUGGGCCUGGACCAGGUGGCUGGCAUGAAUGAGACAACGUUCGGUGCCACAUAUAAGACCAAGAAGGGCAUGUUCCGCACUGUGGGCCAGCUCUAUAAGGAGUCCCUCACCAAACUGAUGGCCACGCUUAGGAACACGAACCCCAACUUUGUCCGGUGUAUCAUUCCCAACCAUGAAAAGAGAGCGGGGAAGCUCGACCCCCAUCUGGUCCUGGAUCAGUUGAGGUGCAACGGUGUCCUGGAGGGCAUCCGCAUUUGCAGACAGGGUUUCCCCAAUCGCAUCGUCUUCCAGGAGUUCAGACAGAGAUAUGAGAUCCUCACACCCAAUGCCAUUCCCAAGGGCUUCAUGGAUGGAAAACAGGCUUGUGAGAGAAUGAUCCGAGCCUUGGAGCUGGACCCUAACCUGUUCCGGAUUGGACAGAGCAAGAUCUUCUUCAGGACUGGAGUUCUGGCCCACCUUGAGGAGGAGAGGGAUUUGAAGAUCACCGACAUCAUUAUCUACUUCCAGGCUGUGUGCAGAGGUUAUAUCGCACGCAGGGCCUUUGCCAAAAAACAACAGCAGCUCAGUGCCCUAAAGGUUCUUCAGAGGAACUGUGCCGCAUACCUGAAACUGCGCCAUUGGCAAUGGUGGAGACUCUUCACCAAGGUGAAGCCCCUGCUGCAGGUGACCAGGCAGGAGGAGGAGAUGCAGGCCAAAGACGAGGAGCUGGUCAAGGUGAAGGAGCGCCAGAGCAAGGUGGAGACGGAGCUGGUGGAGAUGGAGAGGAAACACACACAGCUUUUGGAGGAGAAGAACAUCCUGGCGGAACAGUUGCAGGCUGAGACGGAGCUGUUUGCGGAGGCCGAGGAGAUCCGCGCCCGUCUUGUGGCCAAGAAGCAGGAGCUGGAGGAGAUCCUGCACGACCUAGAGUCGCGGGUGGAGGAGGAGGAAGAGCGCAACCAGACCCUCACGAAUGAGAAGAAGAAGAUGCAGUCUCACAUCCAGGACCUGGAGGAACAGUUAGAUGAGGAGGAAGCAGCCAGGCAGAAGCUACAGCUGGAGAAGGUGACGGCCGAGGCCAAGAUCAAAAAGAUGGACGAGGACAUCCUGCAGCUGGAGGACCAGAAUUCCAAGUUCCUCAAGGAGAAAAAACUGCUGGAGGAUCGUGUGGGUGAGAUGACCUCCCAGCUGGCUGAGGAAGAGGAGAAGGCCAAGAGCCUCGGCAAGCUGAAGAACAAGCAGGAGAUGAUGAUGGUGGACCUGGAAGAGCGUCUCAAGAAGGAGGAGAAGACCAGGCAGGAGCUGGAGAAGGCCAAGCGGAAACUGGACAGUGAGACCACAGACCUUCAGGACCAGAUCGCCGAGCUGCAGGCCCAGAUUGAAGAGCUCAAGGUCCAGCUGGCCAAGAAGGAGGAGGAGCUUCAGGCAGCACUGGCCAGGACCGAUGAGGAGAUAGCCCACAAGAACAACGCUCUGAAGCAGGUGCGGGAGCUGCAGGCUCAGCUGUCCGAGCUGCAGGAGGACCUGGAGUCGGAGCGCGUGUCCCGCAACAAGGCAGAGAAACACAAGAGGGACCUGAGCGAGGAGCUGGAGGCCCUCAAGACCGAGCUGGAGGACACGCUGGACACCACGGCGGCCCAGCAGGAGCUCAGGACCAAGCGUGAGCAGGAGGUAACGGAGCUGAAGAAGGCCAUCGACGAGGAGUCCAAGAACCACGAGGCCCAGAUCCAGGAGAUGAGGCAGAGGCACGGCACGGCCCUGGAGGAGCUGUCAGAACAGCUAGAACAGGCCAAACGGUUCAAGUCCAACCUGGAGAAGAACAAGCAAACGCUGGAGAGCGACAACAGGGAGCUGGCCAACGACCUGAAGGGGCUGCUGCAGGUCAAGGCCGAGUCGGAGCACAAGAGGAAGAAGCUGGAGUCGCAGCUGCAGGAGUUCAUGGGGCGCACCACGGAGGGCGAGAGGAUCAAGAUCGAGUUGGCUGACCGCUCCCACAAACUACAGACGGAACUGGACAAUGUCUCCACAUUGCUAGAAGAUGCAGAGAAGAAGGGAAUCAAACUGGCCAAGGACUCGGCCAGUCUGGAGAGCCAGCUGCAGGACACCCAGGAGCUACUCACGGAGGAGACGCGUCAGAAACUGAACAUGAGCACCCGCAUCCGUCAGCUGGAGGAGGAGAAGAACACCCUGCUGGAGCAGCAGGAGGAGGAGGAAGAGUGUCGCAAGAACCUGGAGAAACAGUUGGCCAGCCUGCAGGGCCAGCUGGUGGAGUCCAAGAAGAAGCUGGAGGACGACGUGGGCACGAUGGAGUGCCUGGAGGAGGUGAAGCGCCGGCUGCAGAAGGACAUGGAGGGCACCACGCUCAGGCUGGAGGAGAAGGCCAUGGCCUUCGACAAGAUGGAGAAGACCAAGAACCGGCUCCAACAGGAGCUGGAUGACCUGAUGGUGGACCUGGACCACCAGAGGCAGAUCGUCUCCAACCUGGAGAAGAAGCAGAAGAAGUUCGACCAGCUGCUGGCUGAGGAGAAGACCAUUUCAGCCCGCUAUGGUGAGGAGCGAGACCGGGCCGAGGCCGAGGCCCGGGAGAAGGACACCAAAGCUCUGGCCAUGGCCCGCGCCCUGGAGGAGGCCCUGGAUGCCAAGGAGGAGUUUGAGCGGCUCAACAAGCAGCUCCGCACGGAGAUGGAGGACCUGAUGAGCUCCAAGGACGACGUGGGCAAGAGCGUCCACGAGCUGGAGAAGUCUAAACGGACCCUGGAGCAGCAGGUGGAGGAGAUGCGGACGCAGCUGGAGGAGCUGGAGGAUGAGCUGCAGGCCACAGAAGACGCCAAGCUGCGUCUGGAGGUCAACAUGCAGGCCAUGAAGGCCCAGUUCGACCGGGACCUGCUGGCCAAAGAUGAACAGGGCGAGGAGAAGAGGAGGCAGCUGGUGAAACAGGUGCGAGAGAUGGAGGCCGAGCUGGAGGACGAGCGUAAGCAGCGCGCUCUGGCCGUGGCCGCCAGGAAGAAGCUGGAGAUGGACGUCAAGGACCUGGAGUCUCAGAUCGAGGCAGCCAACAAGGGCCGAGACGAGGCCAUCAAGCAGCUACGCAAACUCCAGGCCCAGAUGAAGGACUACCAGAGGGAGUUGGAGGAGGCGAGGGCGUCGCGUGACGAGAUCUUCGCCCAGUCGAAGGAGAACGAGAAGAAGUUGAAGAGCCUGGAGGCAGAGAUUCUCCAGCUCCAAGAGGAUCUGGCAGCAUCUGAGAGGGGACGCCGCCAUGCUGAGCAGGAGAGGGACGAGCUGGCGGACGAGAUCUCCAACAGCGCCGCGGGCAAGUCUGCCUUGCUGGAUGAGAAGAGGAGGCUGGAGGCUCGCAUCGCCCAGCUGGAGGAAGAACUAGAGGAGGAGCAGAGCAGCAUGGAGCUGCUCAACGACCGCUUCCGCAAGACCACCAUGCAGGUGGACACCCUGAACACGGAGCUGGCGGCCGAGCGCAGCGCCGCCCAGAAGAGUGAGAACGCCCGGCAGCAGCUGGAGCGCCAGAACAAGGACCUGAAGUCCAAGCUGGGGGAGCUGGAGGGUGCCGUCAAGUCCAAGUUCAAGGCCGCCAUCACCGCGCUGGAGGCCAAGAUCGCACAGCUGGAAGAGCAGCUGGAGCAGGAGGCCAAGGAGAGAGCCGCAGCCAAUAAGAUCGUCCGGCGCACGGAGAAGAAGCUGAAGGAAGUCUUCAUGCAGGUGGAGGAUGAGCGUCGCCAUGCCGACCAGUACAAGGAGCAGCUGGAGAAGGCCAACUCGCGCAUGAAGCAGCUGAAGCGUCAGCUGGAGGAGGCGGAGGAGGAGGCCACGCGUGCCAACGCCUCCCGCAGGAAGCUGCAGAGAGAGCUGGACGACGCCACCGAGGCCAGCGAGGGCCUGAGCCGAGAGGUCAACUCCCUCAAGAACCGCCUGAGGCGCGGCGGCCCCGUCAGCUUCUCGUCCGGCUCGUCUCGUUCCGGGCGGCGUCAGCUGCAGAUGGAGGGCGAGGUCUCGGACGACGACGCCGACAGCCGGGCCAGCGACCUCAACGAGACGCAGGCCGCCCAGGCAGAGUAGAGCGGACGCCAGCCAGCUGGCCCCCCCCCCGACACCCACCGCUCCCCA